AUGCUCGAACGGACGGCCGGCUGCCUUGAGAACGCGGGACGACGUAUUCUUCGAGAUCGCAAUGGCACCAUCCGAACAAGGAGAUGCCUGGCUCGAAACUUUUGGAAGCACAAUAGCACUCCAGCGGAUGUUCCCUUCUGGUUCCUUGCUCUACUCCAGACCUUGCGUUCGUCCCCCGUUCUCAGUAAUUCGGCCGAAAGCAAAGCUACCAAGGAUGGCGCAACCUCCAUUCUUGACUUUCUUUACCCUCGAAAAUUCCAGCAGUGUGUGUCUUUGCGGUCUUCCUUCACUCCGAAGAGGCUUGGGCUGCGACGGAGGAGAAGAAUGCCCGCCAACCUCUCGAGAGCCUAUACUACAGAGGCCACGAGCACCCACCAGGCUCUCAGCAACAACAUUCAUCCACAAGAAGGGUCACACGGGAUUCAUGAAACAGAAGCUCAGGUGGCGCAGAACAUUCUUCGUGGGAUGCUGAAACGGAUGAAAUUGCAUUUUGAUAAGGCAUGGCUCCAGUAUAUUUUGGCUGGACAGCCACCGGAAAACAGGUCUGAUCUUUGCCUCUACCUGAGCAGGUCCGACAAGCCUGUGGAUCAGGAACGGGUUGAGCGCCUGUUGGAGCAAAUUGAAUACGACCGGCUCUCUCCCGACGAUUUUCUCCGUCUCACGCAGUCCCAGCUUAACCUCAAACGGAACUCGAAAGCCAUUUCCAUUUGCGAGAAAGCAGCUCUCCGCGGCCUUGGGGACUCAGCCUGCGCGGAGGCUUUUGCACAUUACGUGAAAUGCAAUCUCUGGCUUUACGCGGCGUCUCUAUGGGGAUUGAGAUCGCGGUCCCCGGGAGAUGGCCGGCCCCAACUGCCUGUUUUACUAAUUGGGGGGCUCCGUAGCCUUGCGUCCUUCCUCCUUGAGGACCUAUUCAACCCUGCCCGGCCUCCCCAAGAGUCCUCGACGGAGGCACUACUUCAAGUCAUGCGCAACUUUGAUGAGCUGGGCUUCUUGAGACCCUACCAUCAUUUCAACUUGAUCAACGCCUUUAUAUCCGUGGGUCAAAGGUCAGCCCUCGUACGGGCUAUCGUGUUUUAUCGCAAUUUCCGCCAGACGCUGCCGGAUGAGAAACCCCCUGCGAGGCUUGUGGAUCGUCUGUUGGAGUCUUUAGUGUCAUGCUCUAUUACAAGUGGCAUUCUUUUCUUUCUGGAUGAGAUGGCACUUUUUUGGAGAAGGCCGUCCCUCGAGGCGUACAAGCUAGCCAUGAUUGCUUUCUCUCGAGCCGGAUAUGCCUCGGAAGUUCAUUAUAUGUUCCAAAAGCUUGUGGCAGAUCAUGGUAAACCCAGAAGCCGGAGAUUGGUUACUCCUCUGCUGUAUGUUCAUGCGCGGCUUGGCGAUGUACAGCAAACGAUGCAGCAGUUCCGAAGGGUUUCAGAAGAAUUUGGUCUUGAGCCAAACCUGGCGUGCUGGAACAUUGUCCUCGUGGCACACGCAACCGCCGGUGAUUCCACAGGCGCUUUCUCUGUUCUGUCACAGAUAAUGCAGAAGGGCAUGCAACCUGAUUUCUACUCUUUCAAGACGGCGAUGGGGCUCUGUGCUCACCAAGGAGAUAUCGACAAUAUUCGCCGGUUGCUCACUGAGGCUCAGAAGCGACAAGUGGUAAUUACAAUGCCGCUAGUUAAUGCUGUCGUGGAGGGUUACAUCAUGGAUGGACAAUUGAAAUUGGCCGAGAGCUUUGCCCGGCUCAGUGCGGACUUUGUGGCCAAGAGCACAAGCCGUCUCGACAUGUGGAAUCAAUUGGCAUUACGAUACGCCUCCAGAGCAGACCUCCCGGGCCUCAAUCGAGUCUUGAGACGCAUCAAGAGAGAGCAGUUGCCAGAAAGUUCAACAACACACUUUGCUACCAUGCUUAGUCGGGUUAUUGUUGGCAAACCGGAAAAAGCACAGAAAACUCUUGCGUAUCUUGAUGGGGGCCAUCAUUUCCUGCCAACUCCAGCCCACUAUGGCCUCGUCCUCUACGGAUAUGUGAAGACGCGAAAUCGUGCUAUGGCACAGAUAUUGUUCGAUGAGAUUCACGAACGAUUCGGCAAAACCGGACUUGCUUCAAAUCUUUGGAGCCUUCGGGCCCAGAUCCUGCGAGACCUGCAAAUCGUUAACAAUCCUUUCUCUACCCGCGAGAAAGCUAAUGCCGCCAAUCUCAAUUUGACCAACGUCGAACGGUUCAUGCUGGGCUCAAUUACACCACCUGGCCGUCCCUUGCUGAAUCUCAAGGCCGCCACCAUUGGUAGGAAAACCAACCAAUAUGGCCUUCCCAUCGUGCACUAUGAAUACCUCAUCAAGACAUACGGGGCAGAAGGCGCCGUUGAAAAAGCGCGUGAGCUUUUUGACGCAUAUGCACAGAGUAAGCAGUCCACGGCACUGCUGAAUUCGGACGAAAUCGAACCUGUGCCGAUUCGCCUUGUUACUGCUAUGAUGGAUGCACAUUUGAAUGCGGGCCAAUAUGAAAGCGUUGAAGAGUGCUGGCAAAUUGCAUUUUCGAGCGCUGUCAACAUGGCCCGUCGCUUUGAUCUUGACGACCUCUUCGCCUCUCAGACCCCGGCCUUGGUUUCUUCCUCGCCUGUAAAGUUGUCCUCCGAACACCCUCGGACUUCAUCUCGACCAAGUGUUCCCGCCAAUCAGCAAGCCUCGGAUACCACACCGAAUGAUCCGUCCCAGAAAAAGACGUCUGAAAUUCUCCCGUCACGGCGAUUUCUUCUCUCCCGGCCUCUCUCGAUAUAUAUGGAAUCUUUAGCACGCCAGAACGAGAUUUCGAAAAUCUAUCACGUCGUGACAAAGGUCGAGGCAACUGGAUUUGUGUUGUCCACUUUCAACCGGUCCAUCAUGGUGCGAAUCCUCGCGUCUUCCAAUGAAUUUCCCGACCAACUUGAAGCUUUCCGAGUGUUUGAGGACCACUUCAUCCGCAAUUUCCCCGGCUGGAACAGAAUUUUGCGCAGCGAGGGCUUGCAGCCUCGAGGCGUCCCUACUAGCAUCGAGGAGAUGGAAUCUUCACAUGUUCCUCGGGGCACACACGGUUUUCUCAAAAAGGCUGGGCGGUUGUUCUGGGGCAGGAUCAGACCCGACUUCAUGCAACCAACCUAUCUCGCUAUGGUCCAUCUCGCCUCCACAUUAUUGCGAAUUCGCGAAAAAAGCAUUGAGAGCGGUAGCAUGGAAUUGGAGCGUCUUCACAGCGUAGCAGGUGCGACGAUCAAGACACUCGCUCAGAUGCCCUACUCGCCGGAUAAAUUGCAGGGCACGUUACUCCGUGGCACCCAGUUGCUACCCGAUGAGAAGAAGUUCCCUCCUAGGCAACCGGUGGUGCGCGAGGGUCUUGGCCGCAGUGCCCCAUCUGUGACCCGCGAGCACCGUUCCAUCAAAAUGCCCGGACGGCCAGCAUCUGCCGAUUUACGAAUGCGGCUGAUGUUGAUGCAAGCUUCCAACCGUCGACGCCAUCGCAAAAACCUGCUUGAUGCAGUAAUCACGCCGCGAGAUCAGUCAGAGCUUGAGCGUGAAUCUUGCGCUAAGUCGGCCCGAUUCUCUGAUUCAAUAUUGCCUUCUAUCUUGAGCAAACCCAUCAUCACACGCGGGAGCAACCAACCUCUUGGAUUCCGUACACAACGCGGUCAAUUCGAAGGCUUGGCCAAACGACGUCCUAUCCUGCCUCGACAGAGAAGGCAUGAUGGACUCGGUGAGAGCCACCAAUCACCCACAAAUGAAACAAUCGAGUUGGAAAACCAACGUGAAUCGCAAUAA